UCCCCGACACCAGUCUCAGCUGCUGCGUCUCAUCGGAAAGAAAUGCAUGGUCAGCUGCUACUUCAAUGGUGUGAAGACUGAAGCAUUAUGGGACACAGGGUCACAAGUUUGCCUCAUCAACGAAGCCUGGUGGAAGAAGAACAUCCCAAAGGUGCGGGUCCGUGACACUGUAGAGCUGCUAGGCCCCGGCGCUCUGGUGGGGAAAGCCGUCAACCAGACAGACAUCCCAUUUCGAGGGUGGGUGGAAGUGGAGUUCCAGCUCGAGCCAGCCCAAGCCCCGCACUUCAUGCUACAAGUCCCGAUGCUGGUGACCAGUGAGAAGGGUGCAGCUGAGGAGCCAAUCAUCGGGUACAAUGUCAUCGAGCAGCUGCUGAAGAGUGGGGUGGGCCACCCACAGGAGGUAGUCGCACAGGCGGUGAGCACAGCUUUCUCUUUUGACUGUAAAAAGGCUGAAAUGUUUGUGAAAAUUGUAAAAGCCAGUGACCCUGAGUGCAGUGAUGGUGUGGUGAGAAUGGGAAGGCAGAGAGAAGUGAUACCAGCUGGCCAAGUGAAAAGUGUGAAGUGUUCAGUGAGGACAGGGCCUCUGAUAGCUAGACAAGAAGCACUGUUUAUGCCUGACGAACAAGCCCCCUUGCCAGAUGGUCUUAAUAUGACAGAGAACAUGUUAACACUGAGUAAAGGGACAUACUCUCGCCUAGCCCUGCCUGUUGCUAAUGACACAUGCCAUGACAUCACUCUGAGCCCGCGCACAGUCCUAGGGCAAGUCCAGUUAGUCAAAGCUGUGUAUCCUGCAGAAGCCAAGCCUGUUGUCGCCCCCCCAGCCUCUCCUGUGGUGCCCCCUACAGUCAUCGAUGAGGAACUUCAACCUGCUGAAAAGGAGCUGAAUGACAAAGACAGGUAUGAUCCACCGAUUGACCUCUCUCACCUCCCCUUUGUCCAGCAGCAAAAAGUGAAGCAGAUGUUGAGGGAAGAGUGUCAAGCAUUCGCAAGAGAUGAAAAUGAUGCGGGCUGUAUCCCUUCUCUGCAGCUCAAAAUCAGACUCACUGACCCAACACCUGUACGCCGUACGUAUGUGUCUGUUCCUAAACCCCUACACAGAGACGUCAAGCAGUACUUAGAAGAUCUCCUGAACAGGGGCUGGAUUCAGAAAUCACGAUCGCACUACUCGUCACCCAUUGUCUGUGUGCGGAAGAAAGAUGGUACUCUCCGUCUCUGCUGUGAUUAUAGGGAGGUCAACCAAAAGUCACUGCCUGAUCGCCAUCCCAUCCCACGCAUUCAAGACAUGCUAGACAGCUUACACGGCAGUGCCUGGUUUUCAGUGCUAGACCAAGGCAAAGCGUAUCACCAGGGCUUCAUGGAAGAGAGUAGUAGGCCCCUCACUGCCUUUAUAACACCCUGGGGACUCUACGAGUGGGUAAGAAUUCCCUUCGGCUUGUCUAGUGCCCCCUCUGAAUUCCAACGCAGCAUGGAGGAAUGCCUGGUUGGCCUGCGAGAUGAGGUAUGUGAGCCCUACUUAGAUGACAACUUGUGUCACAGUAAAACAUUUGAUAACCACCUGAAUGAUGUUAGGAAAGUGCUUCGACGGUAUCAGCAGCAUGGGGUGAAACUGACUGCCAAGAAGUGUGAGCUGUUCAAGAACAAGGUCAGAUUCCUGGGGAAGAUCGUGACAAAAGAAGGCUACACCAUGGAUCCAGCAGAGGUGGCCCCCGUGCAAGAUAUGAAGGAACGAAAACCAGCUACCGUGGGUGAGUUGAGAAAGCUACUUGGCUUCAUCUCAUAUUACAGAUCCUACAUCCCAAACUUCUCUCGCAUUGCCAAGCCUCUCUAUGCCCUGUUGUGCUCUGACGUGUCAAGCCAGGACGCCACAGUGGCUGAUCACAAGAAGAGGAAAGCAGUGUCACAAAAGAAAAAGCGAACCCAGGUGCCCUCCCAUCAGCGAAUCAAGUGGACAGAUGAGCAUAGUGCAGUACUGUGUCAGCUGAUAGAUCACCUGUCUAGCCCCCCUGUACUGGGCUACCCCAACUUUGAAGAGCCGUUCGUCCUACACUGUGACGCUUCACAAGAAGGACUCGGGGCAAUCCAGCCUGAAGUCUUGUCCAGUUUCUCCAAAGGUCUGUCCAUCCAGCAGGAAGAGAGAGAGCCGCUCCUGUGUCCACUGGCCAUCACCACAGCAAUCACGGCGGCGAGCAGUGAAGGGCAGAAUGACACCGUCACGCAGAUCUCCCCAGACGACCUGAGGGCCGCACAGGAGGAGGAUCCCCUACUACAGCAGGUGAAGCGGUGUGUCAUCCAGCAGCAGUGGCCCAGGAUCAGAGACGCGCACAAGAAGUGCAAAGGAGGAUACGAUUACAUCCUAGUGGUCAUGGACCAUUUUACACGCUUUGCCCAGGCGUAUGCAUGCAAAAACAACAGUGCUCGAACAGCAACUGAGAAAAUCUUUGGAGACUUUGUCUUGAAAUUCGGCUUCCCCGCUAAAUUGCACCAUGACCAAGGGAGAGAGUGGGAAAACAAUCUGUUUGCUGAACUCCAAAAGUACAGUGGCAUCCAUGGCUCACGCACAACCCCCUACCACCCCCAGGGGAACGGUCAGGUAGAACGCUUUAAUCGCACCCUGCUGGCCAUGCUGCGUAACCUGGAUAAUGAAGCCAAAGCUGACUGGAAAAGUUCCCUUGACAAAGUUGUUCACGCAUACAAUGUCACCAGAAAUGAGUCCACUGGAUAUGCCCCUUACUUUCUGCUCUUUGGCCGUAACCCCAGAUUGCCCAUAGACAGCAUGUUCGGCAUCCCACACAGCGCUGGUAGUGUGUCUCAUGAGGAGUACGCAAGGAAAUGGAAGCUCAGAAUGGAGGAGGCAUACCAGUUGGCCAACAAGGCAGCCCAGGCUAAACCAGAGCCUUCAUCUGACCAGGAAGAGGACGACUGGAGAGGCAUCGCUGGCUGGACUGAGGAGGAGCCCACAGAGCGACAGAGCGACCUGAGAGCCGAGGCCAUGGAGUUCCACCCACAUCAGCCGGUAGCAGAACCAUCACCUGGGGAAGGAGAUGGCAUCGCAGAGCCAGUGAGUGAGGAGGAACAAGUGGUGGAGCCAGGCGAAGUAGAGACAGUGAUGGUUGAUCCAGAGGGAGAGGUAGAGGUGUCGCCACCAGCCUUCCAGCCGGCCGAUCCUGACGGAGAGGGAGAGGUGUCGCCACCAUCCUCACCGCCUGAAACCUGCGUCUCGUCGUGCUUUGGGAGGAGUAACAGUGAAAACUCGGGACUGUUCAUCGGCGUCGGAGGUGAAGCUUUCCUAAGACGGCGCGAAGCAAGACCACGCAGCCUGCUCGUGUCCAGUGUUCAUCGCAGCCGUUGUUCUCAAGCUCUUCAAUCACGCGCCCAGCUCGUGGGCAUGGAACGCUGCAGCAGUCGCAGCAAGGAUACCCAGAUAAGUGGAAUGCACACAUGA